AUGAUGGUGCUUUGGCCACCCCCACCUUUGGUUCCGCUCUCUGUUUCCCUUUUUGUUUCGCAUUUUUCGCAUCUUUCUGCCCUGAUCAACCACACCCGUUUCUGCUGCACCAUCUCUCUCGGCGCCUUCCCCCCUCUUCCGCCGCCCCGUGGACCCACGUGUACACGUCGCACACACGCACCCCGAGCUCUUGCAGCCGUUUCACGCUCGGUCGGUACAAGACACCUAAGGAUCGACAAGACAAUGGCUACGCCAACGACUGCCGGACGCGUGAUUAUCGGCCAGGGUAUCACAGUGAAGGGCGACAUCAAGAACUGCGAAGAAGUGAUCGUGCGCGGCUUCUUCGAUGCGGGAAACGUAGAGGCAAAGAGCGUGGUUGUCGAGGCCGACGGAGUCCUUACCGGAGCGACCAAGGCCCAGAACGCUAAGAUCGCGGGCAAGUUCGACGGCCACCUCCGCCUGACGGAGGGGCUCAACGUUACGAGCAGCGGCGAGGCCAAGGGGACGAUCCGAUACCGGGGUAUCCAGGUUGAGAACGGCGGGAAGCUGUUCGGAGACAUCCAGUUCGCAACAGAAGAAGAGGAUUCUUGAUUCCGGCCGUACAUAUGAAGAAUGAACCAAUAAUUAUCGGGAAGCGAACACCGAAGUAGGAGCUGGGCAUGAUGUAGACUGGGUGCUAUCUCGUGCCCUGGAGGAAAGACGGUUGGGGGGAGGGGCGGGUUGGGUGGGCGGUGGGGAUCCACGUAACUUGACGAAUCGGUGGUAGGAGUUACAUGUAGGAUUCCCUUCGCCUUUUCUUUUGGCGAUUGAAUCGCGCUCUCGUGGUGGUGGCAAGCAACUUCCUUGUUGUCAAGCAACCUCCUUCCUGUGUCGGCGCGCCUGCCAGCUGUUUGUAUUGUAGCGACGCGCCUGGGGGACCGGGAUGUAAGUUUGUUUCCCUUGAAUAUGUAGCAGCAGUUAGAUUAGUUAAAUGCACCGAUAGGCCCCCUUCUCCCGGCACCAAGAUGGCAGACGCACACCACUGUUGUCGUUUCUUGCCCGUGUGGGAGGCGAGAGGCGGCAUGGUUGUUGUUUGAGAUGAGUCACGUCGUGAAGGCCUUUCGGGUCCAGGAGCAUUCACCGCUGUGUUGUUUGCCGUCGUCGGGCUAUGAUAAUAAAUGUGCGGACGGCAUUUUUUGGCUAGAGUGAUUCCCCGUUUUCUGUGUUGUGCCAAGCAAUGGCGCGUUCAUCCUUAUGUACUCCUCUCUCCUCUCGUUCACGACGAAGCUCCCGCCGUGUCAUUCCUGUAGCUGUCCUUGUAUGGAGAUAUGGAGAUGCCCACCUUGGGGCUACGGUGGGCGUUUCUUGGAUUGCUUUCCCUUCCGGGGGGCGCUGGCUGCUCUCUGCCAGAAACGUGUCCGUGUGCAGAUUUUUUCCCGCCUUGUUUUUCCGAGUCCUGGAAAUGCGAAUGGACUCCCGCCCCUAGGUUAAGAGUGGUUAAGAGUGGUGAGUGUAGAUGACGAUCUCUCCCUUUUGCCUGGUGCAUGAGCGCCUCACCCACUGUUUUGUCCCUCGGUCCCCUAAAAGUUGUGCCACUGUUGGUACCCGCGUGCAGUGGAGUUGUUGAUUCUUUCGGUUGAGAUGAAAACCGUCGAAAAGUACCGCAGUUCCCUGUAGAUUGUCCUCGAGUUGGUUAUUUGCCCUUUAGCGUCGUAUUUCGUGUUUCCCCGCACCAGACAAAUCGCGUUCCAGGUAGUAGGAAUCCGGCAGAGGAACUUACGAAGUGGUGAGCUAGUCUGAGUGCUUGCCGCGGCGUUAAGGCCGAUUCACUGCGUCAAAGGUGCCAUACCAUGGGGGACGGGUAUCGCCCUGUAUCCAAGAUUUGCAAAGUGACGAGAGAUGUUGGGAUUCUGAUUCGGAUUGGGAUUUUUUUUGGGAAUUUUAUCGGCAGGAUGUCUGUUGUCUCUGUUGGAUUUUAUUGGCAGGAUGUCCCUCGUCUCUUGUGGGAUAUUCGUGUUUGUACCAUGUGUGCUGUACUGCUGUGUGCCUCGAUUGCUGUGAGAAUCCAUGACCACUGUGACUACCUGAAGGCGUCUCUACGCGCGAGAGGAUCAUCAAUGUGGAUAAUCUCGGAGUCUUCAGCAGUACUCCUGUCGAUAGAGCAACGUCGGAGAAAGGCGUUGGGGUUGUGGUUGUGAAGAAUGAAAGUCUAUGCACACUUGGUUGAAACUUGACGAUACGUUCAUGGGUUUGAGUGUUGUAUUGCAUGGAUUGGGUUCGUGGGGCGACAAUCGCGCGCACCUUCCGACGGUUUCGUGAAGCAGCCACUAUCGCGUCUCUGCCCAUCCCGCCCGGGUUGCUCAGUGCACCCAAAGCAGGGAGCACCAGUCUGCCAAUGGGCCGGAGGGAUGGGUUGCGGGCAUCCCUCGUGCGUAUCUGACCAUGGAACAUCCAUCGCAUCUCUGCCUGUCUCA